CGCUUCCUCAAAGCGCGAAACUACGACUUGCAAGCCGCGAAACAGAUGUGGGACAGCAUGUUGGCCUGGAGGAGGGAGAAUCGUGUGGACACCAUACGCGACUGGUUUGUUUUCCACGAACGCCCUGACUAUGACCGCGUCUUCCCGACCGGUCUGCACAAAACAGACAAGGAGGGCCAUCCUGUGCUUAUUCAACAACUGGGCCGCGUUAACAUCGGUGCGCUGUAUAAGGUAACCACCGAUGACCGUAUCCGCCUGGCGCAUAUUGCGGAGAAUGAGCAUCUCCGCCGUGUCGUAUUCCCCGCCUGCUCUCGGGCUGCGAGGCGCCCCAUCGACCAGCUGUUCACGAUCAUCGAUCUGGACGGCGUCGCCUUCACGAGCAUGAUGCGCACCACCUCCCUGCUCAAGAUGUUUAUGACUAUGGACUCGAACAACUAUCCAGAAACUCUGGCGCACAUGGCCAUAAUCAACGCGCCCGGCUGGUUUUCGACGUCCUGGGGGGCGGUGAAGAGCGUGCUGAGUGGCGACACGGUACGCAAGAUCGAGAUCCUGGGGAAAGAUUAUAAGGCAGCGCUGCUGCGACACAUCCCCGCCGAGAACCUGCUGGCCGAGUACGGCGGU